UCAGCACAAUGGGUUGCAAAAACCUGCUCGGCCUGGGUCAGCAGAUGCUGCGCCGGAAGGUGGUGGACUGCAGCCGGGAGGAGGGCCGCCUGUCCCGCUGCCUCAACACCUUUGACCUGGUGGCUCUUGGGGUGGGCAGCACCUUGGGUGCCGGUGUCUACGUCCUGGCUGGUGCGGUGGCCCGUGAGGAUGCCGGUCCCGCCAUCGUCAUCUCCUUCCUGAUCGCUGCCCUGGCCUCGGUGCUGGCUGGCCUGUGCUACAGCGAGUUCGGAGCCCGCGUCCCCAAGACAGGCUCGGCCUACCUCUACAGCUACGUGACGGUCGGGGAGCUCUGGGCCUUCAUCACCGGCUGGAACCUGAUUCUCUCCUACAUCAUUGGUACUUCAAGUGUGGCGAGAGCCUGGAGUGGGACUUUUGACGAGCUGAUAGGCAAACCCAUUGGAGAGUUCUCACGGAAUCACAUGGCCCUGAAUGCCCCUGGGGUGCUGGCCCAAAACCCUGACAUAUUGGCUGUGAUUAUAAUUCUCAUCUUAACAGGAUUGUUAACUCUUGGUGUGAAAGAAUCAGCCAUGGUCAACAAAAUAUUCACCUGCAUUAACGUCCUGGUCCUGUGCUUCAUCAUGGUGUCGGGAUUCGUGAAAGGGUCCAUUAAAAACUGGCAGCUGACGGAGGAGGACUUCUUGAAUAGAUCUAGCCCUCUCUGUGGGAACAAUGACACAAACCUGAAACACGGUGAGGGCGGGUUCAUGCCCUUUGGAUUCUCCGGCGUCCUGUCAGGGGCAGCGACCUGCUUCUACGCCUUCGUGGGCUUUGACUGCAUCGCCACCACAGGUGAAGAAGUCAAGAACCCCCAGAAGGCCAUCCCCGUGGGCAUCGUGGCGUCCCUCCUCAUCUGCUUCAUAGCUUACUUCGGGGUGUCCGCAGCCCUCACGCUCAUGAUGCCUUACCCCUGCCUGGACACCGACAGCCCACUGCCUGGUGCCUUCAAGUACAGUGACUGGGAAGGAGCCAAGUACGCUGUGGCUGUCGGCUCCCUCUGUGCACUUUCCGCCAGUCUCCUAGGCUCCAUGUUUCCCAUGCCCCGAGUUAUCUACGCCAUGGCUGAAGACGGACUACUGUUUAAGUAUUUGGCCAGAGUCCACGAGAGGACCAAAACACCAGUAAUUGCUACGGUGACCUCAGGCGCCAUUGCUGCUGUGAUGGCCUUCCUCUUUGAAUUGAAGGACCUGGUGGACCUCAUGUCCAUUGGCACUCUCCUGGCCUACUCUUUGGUGGCUGCCUGUGUGUUGGUGUUAAGGUACCAGCCAGAACAACCUAACCUGGUAUACCAGAUGGCCAGAACCACUGAUGAGUUAGAUCACGUAGACCAGAACGAGCUGGUCAGUGCCAGUGAUUCCCAGACAGGCUUUUUACCGGUAGCCGAGAAGUUUUCUCUGAAAACCGUACUCUCACCCAAGAAUAUGGAGCCAUCCAAAUUCUCAGGGCUGAUUGUGAAUGUGUCAGCCAGCCUCCUAGCCGUUCUUAUAAUCAUCGUGUGCAUUGUGGCUGUGCUUGCAAGAGAGGCUCUCGCCGAAGGGACGCUGUGGGCAGUCUUUCUCAUGACAGGGUCAGUCCUCCUCUGCAUGCUGGUGACAGGCAUCAUCUGGAGGCAGCCUGAGAGCAAGACCAAGCUCUCGUUUAAGGUACCCUUUGUCCCCAUACUUCCCGUCUUGAGCAUCUUUGUGAACGUCUAUCUCAUGAUGCAGCUGGAUCAGGGCACAUGGGUCCGGUUUGCGGUGUGGAUGCUGAUAGGCUUCACCAUCUACUUCGGUUAUGGGCUGUGGCACAGUGAGGAGGCGUCCCUGGCUGCUGGCCAGGCAAGGACUCCUGACAGCAACUUGGACCAGUGCAAAUGACGUGAAGCCUCACGCACCAAGGUGGCAGCGGUUGAGGGGUGCCCAUAAAGGCCCGGGACCUUCACACUCUCUCCACCCACGCCACAGGAUCCGCUCCCACCCCCGAUGUCACCAAAGGUGCUGUGAGCUGGACUGCAGUCUCAGCCACAGCUGAUAUAGCCUGGCCAGCCCUGCAGCCAGCUCAUGAGGUCCUGGUCACUUCUGGACAGCUCCUUGGUCUCAUUUCUCUCUGCCAGCUGGGCCCUUUGCUGCUGCAGCCCCAGCAGAAAGAAGGAAGGCCCCCUUCUCCUCUUACUUGGGAAGCAGGCCUCCCUUCCCGGUACCACCCUGGUAUUGCUGAUGUACACACUCCAGAUCCUUAGCGAGCAUCUCUCUGUCAGCCCGGUGAGGGCGGCCUCCCCACCACAAGAUGCAAGACUAGCCCUGUGAGA